AUGCAUUUGCAGCCCAUAUUCUGGUCAGCUUGGCUAGCUGCCCUGAUGCGUGCAGGCAUUGCUCGUGCCAACCUGCCACCCCAAGAUGAUGCCCAGGCAGUGCUUGGCGGCGAGACGACGGCCCCGAGCCCUACGACAAAGCCCAAGAAUGUCGUGUUCGUCCUCACAGAUGAUCAAGAUGCAGCCAUGAACUCGAUAGCAUACAUGCCCUUAGUCCAGAAACAUCUCUCAGCGAAAGGUACCACUUAUGCGAACCAUUUUACAACCACCGCGAUUUGCUGUCCCUCUCGGGUAUCUCUCUGGACAGGAAAACAGCCGCAUAACACAAACGUAACCGAUGUCCAUCCACCCUACGGAGGGUAUCCAAAGUUCGUCUCGCAGGGGCUAAACGAAAACUAUCUUCCAGUCUGGCUCCAGAAUUCAGGCUACAACACAUAUUAUACUGGCAAGCUUUUCAACGCCCACACAAUCUGGAACUACGACAGUCCGUAUCCGGCAGCGUGGACGGCUACAGACUUCCUCCUCGACCCAGGGACAUAUUCUUACCUGCACCCCAUUUACCAAGCCAACCAAGACACACCGAUCUACCACCGAAAUGAACACACCUCUGACCUCAUCACCAAAAAGGCGCAGGGCCUUCUUCAGGAAGCAAUCGCAUCGGACAAGCCUUUCUUCCUCGGGGUGGCACCCGUGGCACCGCACUCAGACGUUAGUCCUGAUCAUGAUAGCUCGUCCCUGCCACAGAUGACGGAGCCAGUCCCUGCAGAACGCCAUGCCGGAUUGUUCCAAGACGUGAAGAUUCCGAGGACGGACAACUUCAACCCGGACUCGCCAAGCGGUGCCUCGUGGGUGCGGAAGCUGGCUCAACAUAACGCCUCUGCUGUUGAGUACCUGGACCACUACUACCGCCAGAGGCUGCGGGCUCUGCAAGCCGUGGAUGAGCUGGUGGAGAAGAUUGUUGUGCAGCUGGACGAGGCCGGAGUCCUGGAGGACACAUACAUUAUAUUCAGCUCUGAUAAUGGCUUCCACCUUGGUCAGCAUCGCUUACCGCCGGGGAAGGAGUGUGGGUAUGACGAGGACAUCCGCGUCCCGUUGAUCAUUCGCGGCCCGGGAGUCCCACAAGGGCACGUCGAGGAUGCCGUGACUACCCACAUUGACCUCGCACCCACAAUCCUAAAGAUAGCUGGGUCGGAGCUACGGCUUGAUUUUGAUGGAAUGCCUAUUCCGCUAGGCGCAGAUACUGCGGCAGGCAAUGCGAACGAGGAGCAAGGCAGUGGCUCGUUCGCGGUGAAAAGGCACGAACAUGUCGCUGUCGAGUACUGGGGUUUUGCGCUGGCGGAAGGCGAAGGCGGAGGUUUCGAUGGUCAGGGCCAAAUUGUGGUGCAGAAUAACACCUACAAGGCCGUAAGAAUCAUUGGCCAAGGCUACAAUUUGUACUACUCAGUCUGGUGCGACGGUGAGCACGAGCUGUACGACCUCGAGACGGACCCUGGGCAGCUGCAUAAUUUCUACUCGACCGAGUCCAGGCCCAAGAACAAGAAAGUUAUGGGAACCAACGUUGACCUGGUAAUUGGCCGUCUAGAUGCCCUCAUGAUGGUUCUCAAGUCCUGUAAAGGAGACACGUGCACGGAUCCGUGGAAAGUCUUGCACCCCAGAGGAGACGUGCGCAGCCUCACAGACGCACUAAGCGUGCGCUUCGACUCGUUCUACCGUUACCAGGCGAAGGUUGCAUACGACAGGUGUGAACCUGGCUACAUAAUCGAUGCAGAAGGGCCUCAGGAGCCAUACCAGUAUCGAAAAGGAUGGAGCUGGCAUAGCUGGGUGUGA